UGAUCUUCGCGCGCAAUUUCAUGACCUGAGAAGUUCCUACUGUGUGUAGUAUUAUUGUCACACAUAAUGGAGACAGAAGGAGAAAAGGUGUCCAACGAGUCUGCUGAGAGCCUGGCAACUUCAAGAUCCCGCCGAACUCUUAAAGAUAAACAUGGUCGAUUUGCUGCACUACAAAGACUCAAGGAUUUAAAGGGAUCCAAACAUAAAUAUGAAAUUGCUGGAGUUAAGAAUGUUUAUGAGGAAGUAGAUGAGCGUGAAUAUUCCAAGAGACGACAAGAUCGCCUAGAAGAGGAUUGGAUUAUUGAUGAUGAUGGUUCAGGGUAUGUGGAAGAUGGCAGAGAAAUCUUUGAUGAAGACAAUGAUGGUGACAUAUUCCUGUCAAAAAAGGGAAAAGCUAAAAUUGGUAAAAGGUUUAAAGGAUCCAGUGAGAAGUCGUCGGGGACAUCAACUGUCCGGCACGGCUCAGGGAAUAUAAAAAACAUGCUGAUCAACAUGCCUGCAAAGAGGAAAAAGGCUGAGACACUUGUGCGACUUGAUGAUGAUGAUGUCCUCGGGGACAUCUUACAAGACCUUGACAAAGAACCUGACACAGUCCGCCCACCACGACCUACCUUCCUCAAAAAAGAGAAGCCUAAAGCCUCUCCGGUUGCAAAUAAAGGGCCAGUGAACCCUUUUGCCAGACCUCAGAUCACCACUCCCAUCCGAGCCAAGGCAUCCCUUAAUCUACUCAAGCCUCGCAGUAUAUCUGAAGAGAAUGUUGUCAAGGGGGCUUCUCCUAGGGCUAAGAGGUCAUUGGACAUAAAAGAGGAUCCACCAUCUCAGCAAAUUGAGCAGUUUGAUUCCAUGGAUAUUAUGGAUGGGGACUUUGAUAUGGAAAAUAUGGAGGCAUUGAUUGUUGAUGAGGAAAUGAAAGAAUCAGGGAGUAUAAAAGAAAAAAAGAUGGAAAUAUAUGAAGAAAAGAAAGAAGAAAGGGAUGAUGGAUUGAAAACUGACUCUAACAGAGGAUUUUCAGCAAGACCCAAAGUUGAUGAAAGCCAACUAGCAACUGGAUGGGAAACUAUCAAGGGAGAGUUAAAAGAAGCACAGUUCAACCAGGAUGUCCAGAUUGAUUCAUCCCAGCUCCCUCUUACCACUAAUGCCGAAGGAGACCAGGUUUUGCGAUUUUAUUGGUUGGAUGCCUAUGAAGAUUACUUCAAGCAACCAGGAAUAGUCUACCUGUUUGGCAAGGUGUGGGUCGAAUCAGCUCAGACCCAUAUCAGCUGUUGUGUCACUGUCAAGAAUGUAGAGAGAAGAAUAUACAUCUUACCUCGAAAAAAGAAAGUUAAUCUGAAGACCAAUGAAGAAUUGGGCGACAUAACUAUGAUGGAUGUUUAUGAAGAGUUUGACUCCACUGUGUCAAACAAAUUCAAGAUUCUUCAGUUCAGGUCAAGGACGGUCACCAAGAAGUAUGCUUUUGAAAAGUCUGAAGUUCCUCAAGAAUCAGAAUAUUUAGAAGUCCGUUAUUCUGCCAACCUUCCAGUUCUUCCCAAUGAUUUGCGUGGUAAUACAUUCAGUCAUGUUUUUGGCACCAAUACAUCCCCCUUGGAAAUAUUCUUACUUGAUCGGCAAAUCAAAGGCCCGGGAUGGCUGGAUGUAAAGUUACCUCAGUUACCAUCUCCAGCUGUGUCUUGGUGUAAAAUAGAGGCAGUGUCGUUGAAACCAGACUAUGUGACACCAGUAUCAGGUUUGGCUACUCCUCCUAUGGUAGUGAUGACCAUAAGCAUGCGGACAACAGUGAACCCCAAGACUUACCAGAAUGAAGUAGCGAUGGUGUCCUGUCUUGUUCAUUACGAGUUUCCACUUGACAAAGCUCCGCCACAACCUCCAUUUCAAACUCACUUUUGUGCAAUGACACACCCAGUAGAUGUUACUUGGCCCUGGGACCUGAAGGAUGUUCUCAACAAACACCGUGUAAAAGUUGAGAAGAUUGAUACUGAGAGAGCUCUUCUGGGCUUCCUGUUGGCUAAAAUAUACAAGAUAGAUCCUGAUAUUGUCGUAGGUCAUGAUUUCUUUGGAUUCGACCUGAGUGUGCUGCUCCACCGUGUCGGUAUUAAUAAAAUUCCUCAUUGGUCUCGUCUUGGUCGACUGAGGCGGACACAAAUGCCAAAGUUAACGGGGAAGGGAUUUGCAGAGAAAAUAGCAAUGUGCGGUCGUCUUGUUAGUGACUUAAAGAUCUCCUCUAAAGAGCUUAUCAGAGCCAAAAGUUAUGAUCUGGGAGCAUUGGUCUUGCAAGUUCUUCGUGUACCUGUGGACCAGUUUAAGGCAUUAACUGUAGAAGAAGUAAAAAAGAUGUAUGAAUCAUCAUCAACAUUACUUCAGCUUGUGUCACUAACCAUGCAAGAUGCGUUGUAUGUUCUCCGACUUAUGUGCGAGUUGAAUGUACUGCCUCUAGCUCUACAAAUAACAAACAUAGCUGGAAACAUAAUGUCACGUACACUACUUGGUGGUCGAUCAGAGAGAAAUGAGUUUCUCCUGCUUCAUGCAUUUACUGAAAAGAACUUUAUUGUUCCUGACAAGCAGUACAGCAAAGCCAACCAAAAGGUUCCCUCAAAUGACAACAAAAUUGGUGAGGAGGAAGAUAAUGAAAAGGAGGGAAAGGGGAAGCGAAAACCUGCAUACACUGGUGGUUUAGUCCUGGAACCUAAGAAGGGUUUCUAUGACAAGUAUAUCUUGUUAAUGGACUUCAACUCUCUAUAUCCAAGUAUCAUCCAGGAAUACAACAUCUGCUUUACCACAGUCCAACAGAUGAAUGGAGAGGCUAAUGAAGAGUUACCAGCACUACCAGAUCAGGAAUUGGAGCCAGGAGUGUUACCAACAGAGAUUCGAAAGUUAGUGGAGAGCAGGAAACAAGUCAAGCAGAUGAUGAAGCAGCCAGAUCUAUCUAAUGAUUUGAAGCUGCAGUAUGACAUCCGACAAAAGGCUCUGAAACUGACAGCCAACAGCAUGUAUGGAUGCCUCGGAUUCUCCUUCUCCAGAUUCUUUGCACGUCAUCUUGCAGCUCUGGUGACAGAAAAGGGACGAGAUAUUUUACUGAACACGCGGGACCUUGUUCAGAAGAUGAAUUUUGAUGUUAUAUACGGUGACACAGACUCCAUCAUGAUCAACAGCAACUGCACAGAUUAUGACCAGGUUUUCAAACUGGGUCAUAAAAUCAAAUCAGAAGUCAACAAGCUGUACAGGUUAUUGGAACUAGAAGUGGAUGGUGUGUUUAAGUAUAUGCUCCUUCUCAAGAAAAAGAAAUAUGCAGCCCUCACAGUCACUAGACUUCCAAAUGGUCAAGUGGUGGAGGAACAAGAACUCAAAGGUCUAGAUAUUGUGAGACGUGAUUGGUCCCAACUUGCAUCAGAUUGUGGAAAGCACAUUGUGUCACAGCUUCUCUCUGAUCAAGGUCCAGAUGAACGCCUUGAAAAUAUCCAUAUGCACUUAGAGCGUCUUAAAGCUGACCUGGAAGCCAGCAAGUUUGACCUUGGGACUCUGGCCAUUACCAAGACUUUAACCAAGAACCCAGAAGAUUACCCUGACAAGAAGAGUCUUCCACAUGUUCAGGUGGCUAUUCGUGUGAACUCUCGAGGAGGAAAGAAAUUGCGUCAGGGGGAUACUGUAGCUUAUGUUAUAUGUGAGGAUGGCAGCAAUUUAGCUGCAGUUCAGCGAGCUUAUCAUGUGGACGAGCUAAAAUCCAAUUCAUCCUUGGUGAUAGACAAGAAAUACUACUUGGCGCAUCAGAUUCACCCUGUUGUGUCUCGCCUUUGUGACCCCAUAGAGGGGACUGAUGCUGCAAGAAUAGCCGAGUGCCUUGGCCUGGAUCCUUCUGGAUAUCGAGUUUCAAAACAGUUUGGACAAGUUGAAGAAGAUGAUGAUAUCUCAUCCUCUCAGGUUUCAGAUGAAGAGCGAUAUCGCAUGUGUGAGAGGUUUACGUUCAAGUGCCCAUCUUCAGAGUGUGACACGAUUAUUACUAUGGACUCCGCUUUUCGUGGAGUGGGUACUGGUUCCAACCUAGAAGUGGCCUUGAAAAAUUGUCCAAAUCCUAAAUGCAAAUUUGAAAUCUACUCCCACACAGCUCCAAUUCUCAAUAAAUUAAGACUGGACAUAAGGAAUCAUAUUAAAAAGUACUACAGUGGAUGGCUGAUUUGUGAAGACCCUGGUUGCAGUAAUAGAACUCGACGACUGCCACUUCACUUUUCAAAGGGUUUUCCCGUAUGCAACUCAUGUGAACGGGGAGUUCUCUUCAGGGAGUAUACUGAAUCACAGCUCUACAAGCAGCUGUGCUUCUAUGAUUACAUCUUCGACUACCAUAAAGCAUGCCAGAAGAAUAAAGAUGACCGUCUUCGAGAUGACACUGUUCGUAAAGCUUACAACAUCCUCCAUGCAGAAGUACAACGGGUGCUGAAGUUAAAUGCAUACUCAGAAGUCAACCUCACCAGACUGUUUGCAAGUUUGAUGGCUAAGCCUCAAGCCAGAGGUUCUUAAACAAAAGAAUCAUUAAAAACAUGUUGUAGAUUGUCCAUCAGCUGACUGCCAUAAAACAUUGUAGGCAGUAGUAAGAGAAGCAUUUUGAUAUUAGAAAAAAUUUCAUCAGUCUGCCAACUCAAGCAUCUCACUUGUCUUCUGCUACUUCAGCUAAUUUUUCCCUAAUCUAGGAGGGUUACAUUAAUAGUAAGACUAUCUGUUGAUGAAAUUCUUACUGCAAGUAAUUAAUGAUUGGUUCAUCUGACUGUUUAGUUAUAGUUCAGAAUUUAUUUCCAACAGUUAUUGUGGGUCUACAGUAUGGGUGCUUUGUGAAGGCUGUAAAAUCCCUCCUUGUGAUGAUCUUUACUCUUCUCACAAUAGUGAUGCUAUCAGUGACUAAGACUUGCAUUUGUUACUGGGUUUGUGAAUGAGUGGUGGAUUAGCUAUUAUAAGUAUUGUAUUGAGUAAAAACAAAUUCUUUCUCCA